GUUGUCAGUUGUCAAACUCAUUGAGACGAGAACGGACGUCGAAUUCAAAACGAAUAGAGGGCUGCCUCAAACGUAUAUUUGCCGCUAAAGAAACAAAAGAGAAUUUUCAGAUUGUGUUGUUUUUUUUUGUUUUGUACACAAAAGACGGUCGGUCGGUUUUUAGUGAAGGUGGUGGCGGCGAGCUACGUUUAGAAUACCCCCCUUCAAACUUAUAUAUAUAUAUAUAUCAAUGUAGUGCAGCAAAGCUAAACAAAAGAAUAAUAAUAAAAAAAAUACUCGUAACUUAAGCAAAAAACGAAAUCGAAGAAAAUUAAUCCCAACACCUAUUGAAGUAAAUUUGGUGAAGUGUAGCAACAAAAACGACAACAACAACCAAUACAACAGAGAAGGCAGCAAUACAAAUAUAAAAUACCUUGUGUGUGUCUUCAAAUAAUAUGUGAUUGUGUGCAUCAACCGAUUUACAAACACACACAGUCAAAUACGCAUCACCCAUUGGAACUCUGCAAAUAAGGUUCAUUACAGGAUUUCUGUUCUUGAAAAACUCCAGGAGAUAUACAAAAACAUCUCAAGAUUUUCUUAAAAGGCACAUUACAUAUUUGCAAAUAUUUGUUUAAAAACUCCUGCCGUCGAUUUUAUGAAUUAUGACAGCUGAAGUUAUGGCAGCAAAUGAUACACACUGGGAUCCGGCCUUAUCCAAGCUGAUAGCAUCUCUAAAAGAGGCCGAAAGUCUAUCCAAUGAUCAAGAAAUUGAUUUUCUGCAGACCCUGCUGGAGUCCAAGGAACUCAAUGCCUUGGUCAAUGUGCACAGUAAAGUGGCCAAAGUGGGGAGAGAUGAUCGUUUGGCGCCUAUUCUCUCAACCUCGGGCAUGAUUAUGUGCGAAGUGUUGGAACAAUUAUCACAGCAAUGUCACUUAAAUGAGGAUUGCCGCGAGGCUUUUCAUCUGCUACAGAAACCGCAUUUACAAAGUCUUCUUUAUGCCCACGAUGCCAUCGCUCAAAAGGAUUUCUAUCCCCAUCUGCCCGAUUUGCCUAUUGAAAUGGAUGAGGAUGAGGAAACCAUUAAAAUUGUGCAAUUGGUUAAAAGUAAUGAACCCUUGUCAGGAGCACAAAGUGCGGAACCAAUUGUUGGAGCCACCAUUAAAACCGAUGAAGAAUCGGGUAAAAUCAUCAUAGCACGCAUUAUGCAUGGUGGAGCUGCCGAUCGUUCUGGCCUUAUUCAUGUGGGCGAUGAGGUUAUCGAAGUCAAUGGCAUCAAUGUGGAGGGCAAAACUCCUGGUGAUGUUUUGAGCAUAUUGCAAAACUCUGAAGGCACCAUUACCUUCAAAUUGGUUCCCUCCGAUGGCCGUGGUGCCCAACGUGAAUCCAAGGUUCGUGUACGUGCCCAUUUCGACUACAACCCCGAAGUGGAUCCUUAUAUACCAUGUAAAGAGGCUGGUUUAGCAUUUCAACGUGGCGAUAUUUUACAUAUUGUCUCACAGGACGAUUCGUAUUGGUGGCAAGCUCGCCGUGAAUCGGAACGCACCGCUCGCGCCGGUCUUAUACCCAGUCGUGCCUUGCAAGAAAGAAGAAUUUUACAUGAACGGACGCAACGUGAUGUAGCUGAUGGAGAAUCGAAAAAAGGCUCAUGUACCUCCAUAUGUACCACUCCGCCUGGUUCGCCUAGGCUGCGUUCUAGCAGUAGCACUUCAUCAUGUCGCCAACCGAAAACUAAAAAAAUCAUGUACGAUUUAACAGAGAACGAUGACUUUGAUCGUGAGCUGAUUGCCACCUAUGAGGAGGUGGCUAAGUUGUAUCCACGUCCAGGCAUUUAUAGACCGGUGGUGUUGAUCGGAGCUCCCGGUGUGGGACGCAAUGAGCUGAGGAGACGUUUGAUAGCCCGAGAUCCCGAAAAGUAUCGUAGUCCUGUGCCAUAUACCACUCGCCCCAUGCGCACUGGUGAAGUAGCUGGCCGUGAAUAUAUUUUUGUUAGCCGCGAAAAAAUGGAUGCCGACAUUGAGGCUGGCAAAUUCAUUGAGCAUGGCGAAUACAAGGGCCAUUUGUAUGGCACCUCAGCCGAAAGCGUCAAGUCAAUUGUCAAUGCGGGCUGUGUUUGCUUGCUGAGCCCCCAUUAUCAGGCCAUCAAGGCUUUGAGAACGGUCCAAUUGAAACCCUUCCUUGUGCACAUUAAACCACCGGAGUUCGAUGAACUGAAGAAGACACGCACAGAGGCGAGAGCCAAAUCGACGUUCGAUGAAUCGAAUGCCAGAGGUUUUACGGAUGAAGAAUUCACUGACAUGGUCAAGUCCUCGGUGCGCAUUGACUUCCUAUACGGUCAUUUCUUCGAUGAUGAAAUUUUGAAUGCCGAUUUGGUGACAGCAUUUGAAAAACUUGUAAAUAUUGUCCAAAGAGUCGAAAAUGAACCGUUGUGGGCUCCCUCGUCAUGGGUCCAAUAAGAUCUGUAGAAAUUUGGGAUGAGGUUGGAGCGCAGAAGAGCAGGCAGCUAAAAAUGUUUUCACAAGGAAACCCUGGGGAAAGGAAAACAAAUAACUAGAAAAACCACAAAAGACAAACACUGCUACAAAAUGAAAUUUUUAAAACCAAAUGCCAAAACCAAAAGGAAAAACAAAGGAACAACUAAGAAAUGGAUAAAAUUUAGAAAAUUGUAAAACAGAGAUAAUUCAAAGAAACAUGCGUAACGCAAAAAAAAACUUAAGAAAAUUAAAUUAAUAAUAAAAAAAAAAUAAAUGUCAUAGAAAACCACAA